GGGGAGCCAGCUGCUGUGGAAGAAGGGGAGGAUGGAGCCCAUUCAGCCUCCCAAUGACGAGCACAAACUGGGCUAAAGACCCGGACUAUCAGCCCCGUCUGGAGCUGUCAAAAAGACUAAAAAGGGUAAAAAGAGUCGUCUGCGUUACGCUGAAGGAGAUAAGGACAUGGACGUCAGUGUCUAUGAUUUUGAAGAGGAACAGCAGGAGGGCCUUCUCUCUGAGGUCAACGCUGAGAAAGUGGUGGGAAACAUGAAACCACCCAAACCCACCAAGAUCAAGAAGAAAGGAGUGAAGAAGACAUUUCAGUGCGAGCUGUGUAGCUACACCUGCCCUCGACGCUCCAACCUGGACAGACACAUGAAGAGCCACACCGACGAGAGGCCUCACAAAUGUCACCUGUGUGGAAGAGCCUUCAGGACGGUCACCCUGCUGAGAAACCAUCUCAAUACACACACCGGAACUCGUCCACACAAGUGCACAGACUGUGACAUGGCUUUUGUGACUAGUGGAGAGCUGGUUCGCCAUCGUCGCUACAAACACACACAUGAGAAACCCUUCAAAUGCUCCAUGUGUGACUACGCCAGUGUGGAGGUGAGCAAACUAAAGCGCCACAUUCGUUCCCACACCGGCGAGCGUCCAUUCCAGUGCAGUCUUUGCAGCUACGCCAGCAGAGACACAUACAAGCUGAAGAGACACAUGAGGACACACUCAGGAGAGAAACCUUAUGAGUGCUACAUCUGCCAUGCCCGAUUCACCCAGAGUGGAACCAUGAAGAUGCACAUUCUGCAGAAACACACAGAGAAUGUGGCCAAAUUCCACUGUCCACACUGUGACACUGUCAUUGCACGCAAGAGUGACUUGGGUGUCCAUCUUCGCAAGCAGCACUCAUUUAUUGAGACCGGAAAGAAGUGUCGUUACUGCGACGCCGUUUUCCACGAGCGCUAUGCUCUGAUCCAGCAUCAGAAGUCCCAUAAGAAUGAGAAGAGGUUCAAAUGCGACAUGUGUGACUACUGCUGCCGCCAGGAGCGCCACAUGGUGAUGCAUCGUCGAACCCACACCGGAGAGAAACCAUACGCUUGCAGCCAGUGUGAGAAGACCUUUAGACAGAAGCAACUGCUGGACAUGCACUUCAAACGCUACCACGACCCCAACUUUGUCCCCACCGCCUUCGUCUGCCCCAAGUGUAGCAAGACCUUCACUCGCAGGAACACCAUGGCUCGCCAUGCCGAGAACUGCAGCGGUGAGGUGGAGGAAGCUGAGAAUGGAGCCCCAACCCCGAAGAAAGGGAGGAGAGGAAGAAAGAGGAAGAUGAGAAGCAGGAGAGAUGAAGAUGACAGCGAGGAGGAUCAUGCCGAUCCAGACGAGGACGAAGAGGAGGGCGAGGGUGAGGGUGAGGAAGAAGCAUCACUGCUACAGGAAGAGGAGGAGGCAGAAAGCAUGGAACUGGACCAGGCCCCUGCCGCCAUCCCCGUACCGGCUCCUGAUGAGCCACCGGUCAAGAGAAAAAGAGGCCGACCCCCAAAGAAUGCCCCCAAGCCUGUGACACCCAGCAAGUCAGUCAGGGUGGCUGCAAAGACAACUGCUUCGGCUGCUGCCAUCAUUCAGGUGGAGGAUGAGAGCACUGGAGCAGUGGAGAACAUUAUAGUGAAGAAGGAGGACAGCGACACCUCUGCAGCAACACCAUUGGACCAGGGAGUAGCCCUGACUGUGGAGGGGGUGGGGCUAGAUGGGGAAGGGGUGGAGACUGUUGAGCUGGCGGUGAAUGAGGAAACGGCAGCCGCUAACGGAGACCUGACGCCAGAGAUGAUCCUCAGCAUGAUGGACCGGUGAACAUGCCACACACAUGUAGACGGACUAUAAGUCAAAUUGGCAAAUCCACAUUACCACAGCCACAUCCUUGGCCUUCACCUGAUGGCAGCCAGGAAGUGGCAGCAAAACAACCGUGCACAAAGAAGGGAAGCCACAUGUAAAUACUUCACAGCCGUAGACAUCAACCUGCAUACGGAUGUUUGUGGGUCUCUCUCUCUCACACACACACACACAAAAUACCAGAUCCCACUGCACAUACUUGUGUCAUCACACACAGAAUCGUCCAAGCUAACAACAGACUGCUCUCUGCUCUUAAAGGCUGUCUUUCACUUUGAAUGUCUUCUGGAUGAAUCAUUGUGUAUUUUGCUACUCGUUUCUACCCAAAGCCACAUCCUGUGUCAACCUCUGCCCACACACACUGCAGUUUGUGUUCAGCACUCUACAGUGCUCUGCCAAAAGGAGACAUUAUUUGAUCUACCUUCACUUUGAUUUUCUGCUGUCCUGCUUGCUGUUCUUGCAAUUAUGCUGAUUAAGCAAAUUCCAAGCCUUUAUAUGUGUGUAUAUAUAUAUAUAUAGAUAUAAAUGUAGUUUUUCUUAAUGAAACGUAGUAUAUUGUACUUGAGUUUGCCUGUGAGAUACCACCCCCGCUCAAUCAUAUGAUCUGCGCCCACUCCCCUCCUACUUGGCCUGUGUAAACAAAUGGUCCAUGUGGUGUUAAUAGUUGGCUGGUUGCACAUGGAGUCUUUGUAUUGGGACGUUAAGAGGGAUUCUUCUUUCUACAUGAGCCAACGGGCACAGGCAGAUCCAGUCAUUUUAAUGGCACAGUUUUUCUGCUUUCUAGUUCAUCUGUUCAACAUCCAUGCUGCCAGCACCCAACUCUCAGUCAGCUCAUGCUAAUCAAAGACUUAAGAUAGCUGCUCAUUUAGCACCAACAAUGUUUGAGAUGAAGUGUUCAGCUGUUUUCUAUUAACUCCUACCUAUCACUGAUGGAAGAUAUUCUCCCUUUGCACAUUUUGAAAGAGAAAGUAGAUGGUUUGCUAUCACAUAAACUGAAUGAUCCCUCUCGGUUGGAAAAAAUCCAGAUCGUCCUGAUUUAGUUGGUAAAACCUUAAAGUGUAGUUGUAAUUUUGAACAUUCCAAAUACUUCAGUUAACACAGAAUGAUGUCUGUGCAUUUGAAUCAUCUCACUUGAAGUAACCAGCUCUAACAUUGUUUUGCAAGCCGUUCUUUAUUUUCCUUUAUUCACUUCCCAGUUCAGAUUGUGAAUCACCCACAGAACAAUCACUGAUCACCAACUGUGGCAGGUGGUGUGCAUGUAAAUGCACAGUUGAAACCCUCGGCUUUUUGAUUUAUUGUGAAGCUUUUGUUAUGUUUUUAAAUCUGGACAUGUGUUGGUUAAAAGGGACAGCAAGGUAAACAUGUUAGUGCCAUAGCUGGUAUUCCUGGACCUCUCCAUCAUGCUUCCCUUCCACAGCUGUGCCCCUCUUAACCAACCACGGAACGUAACCUUGGUAACUAAACUACCAGUUUUCUGGUAGUGGUUGCUCAUAGCCAUUUUGUAUUACAGUUUUUAUUUCUGGCCAUUCUCUAGUUGCCGCUGUGUUCCUUUGUGGUUGGUUCAGUUCACUAGUAUGACCGAAGCUAUGACUCAUUCUGUCCUCUUUUUUUAACCUUUGGGCCUGAAGGUGUCAUGUCACCUAUAAAGGAACAUGAAGUUGGCAUCUUUCUUGUUGUCUUUUCUGACAGGUUUUGAUACUGUUUUUGGAAGGAUGAGCUGGGUGUUUAGUUUGCUGUACCCUGGUCUUACAGUACCACUAGCCCUCAGCUUUCAGAUAGUAUCCAAUAUCAGCUGAUACUGAGCUAUGUCCUCACCUUUGCCCAGGCCCUCAUUUGAUUUCUACAAACACAAGGUUGAGACUGCUUGUGUGAGACUCUGAAGAUCCUCAAACCAGGGCUAAAAACUCUGAAGUGACAGUUUGAGAAACAAUGUUCAUAAAUGAAAUUGAAAAUCACUCCGAAACAUCACUGACUGUACUGCUGGGUCUGAGAUCUCUUUCUGUAAAACAAAAGAAGACAAAGUUCUGUUCUCAGUCUAUCAUGUUAAUGUUCUGCAGGCGGACGGAUGGAAGAUGGAUGUUUGGCUGUUUUGUUUGGGUUUUUUUGUACAUCGCUUGUUUGUUUUGACAGAAGAAUUGAGAGAACCAGUUUUAAUAUGGUUUUAAACACCCCCGUUUUAAGACCAAGAAAACAAAAGAAACCUUUGUCAUAUCAUUUUUGAAGAUGAGACACUGUACAGCUGAUGGAAAAUAAAAUCAUCCUAAUGGGCCCAUGA